AUGAGUGAGCAGGAAGUGACCUACACAGAACUGAAAUUUCACACUACUUCCAAACAGCAGAGAAUACAGAGACCAAAGACCAUCAAGAACAAAGUUUUCCAGGCAUCCCAUCCAUCAGGAAAUUUCACCCACAAGCAACUGGUUACACACCCCAGCCAAGAAACAUACAAGAAAACUGGAGGACAUAAAUUCAGCCCUUGCCCAGAGGACUGGAGGCAACUUGGAAAUUCCUGUUACCUCUAUUCUACAAACUGGAUGACUUGGCAAAGGAGUAAAGAUUACUGCACUUCUUUGGGCUCCAACCUCCUUAAAAUUGACAGCAAGGAAGAAUGGGAUUUCAUAAAUUUAAAAACACAUUCUUAUCACUGGAUUGGACUAUCCCAUAAUGCAGUUUAUGAUUCCUGGGUGUGGGAGGAUGGCACAGCUCCUUCCAGUGACCUGUUUACAGUAACCCAACUUUACCCUCCAGGGGGCUGCGUACUCUUUGUCCAAAAAGAAGCCAAGUCUUAUAAUUGUGAAGAUGAAAACCCCUGUAUUUGUGAGAAGGCUGUUCACCCAGGACCUACUAUGUUGGCAGAAGGAGACACAUAG